GCUCCGGGCCCGCGCAGCAAUCCCAGCCGGCUCGCGAGAACGAGCAGGGGAGGGGACGGAGCCCGCGGCCGAGGGCUGGAGGACUCGGCUCUCCGCAGCGGGCAGCCGGGCCCCUAGCUGCGGCAGCGGCUGCUGGCGGCGGUGGCCGGGAGGUGCCAGCCCGCGCUGGGUGGCGGAGAGCCGCGGGGCGGGGGCUGCGGCCGGUGACCCGAGGGAGAGCUUGCUUGCAGUCAGCAUGGCGGGGCUGCGGGCCAGGCGGGGCUCCGGGCUCCGGCUGCUGGCGCUGUCCACGCUCGGCUUCUGCCUGAUGCUGCAAGUCAGUGCCAAGAGGCCCCCCAAGACGCCCCCCUGCCCGCCUAGCUGCUCCUGCACAAGGGACACCGCCUUCUGCGUGGACUCUAAGGCAGUGCCCAGGAACCUGCCCUCCGAGGUCAUCUCUCUGACGCUGGUGAAUGCUGCCUUCUCGGAGAUCCAGGAUGGAGCGUUUUCCCACCUGCCACUGCUGCAGUUCCUGUUGCUCAACUCCAACAAGUUUACUCUGAUUGGAGACAAUGCCUUCACAGGACUGUCACACCUGCAGUACCUCUUCAUUGAGAACAAUGACAUCUGGGCACUAUCCAAGUUUACCUUCAGAGGACUCAAGUCUUUGACACACCUAUCACUGGCCAACAAUAAUCUGCAGACACUGCCUAGAGACAUCUUUCGGCCCUUGGACAUCCUGAGUGACUUGGACCUGCGGGGCAACUCACUCAACUGUGACUGCAAAGUGAAGUGGCUGGUGGAGUGGCUGGUGCACACCAACACCACGGUGGCUCCCAUCUAUUGCGCCAGCCCGCCUCGCUUCCAAGAGCACAAGGUGCAGGAUUUGCCGCUGCGGGAGUUCGACUGCAUCACCACAGAUUUUGUGCUGUACCAGACCCUGCCCUUCCCAGCAGUAUCAGCCGAGCCCUUCCUUUACUCCAGUGACCUCUAUUUGGCUCUGGCCCAGCCAGGUGCCAGCGCUUGCACCGUCCUCAAGUGGGACUAUGUUGAACGGCAGCUUCGAGAUUAUGAUAGAAUACCAGCCCCCUCUGCAGUGCACUGCAAGCCAAUGGUGGUAGACAGCCAGCUGUACGUGGUUGUGGCCCAGCUGUUUGGUGGAUCUUACAUUUACCACUGGGACCCCAACACCACACGCUUCACCAAGCUGCAGGAUAUCGACCCACAGCGUGUGCGCAAGCCCAACGACCUGGAGGCUUUCCGCAUUGACGGCGACUGGUACUUUGCUGUGGCCGACAGCUCCAAGGCGGGUGCCACCAGCCUCUACCGCUGGCACCAGAAUGGCUUCUACUCCCACCAGGCCCUGCAUGCCUGGCACCGUGACACUGACCUGGAGUUUGUAGAUGGCGAGGGCAAGCCACGGUUGAUUGUGUCCAGUAGCUCCCAGGCACCUGUCAUCUAUCAGUGGAGCCGCACCCAGAAGCAGUUUGUGGCCCAGGGUGAGGUGACACAGGUGCCUGAUGCCCAGGCUGUGAAACACUUCCGUGCUGGGCGCGACAGCUACCUGUGUCUCAGCCGCUACAUCGGUGACUCCAAGAUCCUGCGCUGGGAGGGCACCCGCUUCUCUGAAGUGCAGGCCCUGCCCUCCAGGGGCUCGCUGGCCAUGCAGCCCUUCCUCGUGGGUGGCCGCCGCUACCUGGCGCUGGGCAGCGACUUCUCCUUCACGCAGAUCUACCAGUGGGAUGAGGGGCGCCAAAAGUUUGUGCGGUUCCAGGAGCUGGCUGUGCAGGCCCCUCGGGCCUUCUGCUACAUGCCUGCUGGGGAUGCUCAGCUGCUCCUGGCCCCUAGCUUCAAGGGACAGACGCUCGUGUACCGACACAUAGUGGUGGAUCUCAGUGCCUAGAGGGGUGCCGAGGCCUCUGUGUUCCUCGGGCAGCCACUUGAGACUGAACAGAAGUCUCUGUGUGAGCAGCAUGUGUGCCCAUGUGAAGACACAUGUAGCCAACCUGUGUACAUGCCCUCACAUACACCCUCCGCACCCCCCAUGAGCAUGGGCCACACUGUGGACUGGCCCAGGAGAGCCACUUGUCAUAGUUGUAAUCAGCAUGAAGACUUGUAUACGCACCAGGCAACCCAGCAACCCUGUGCCCUCUCAUAUGUGGACACUUGUUGGCCCCACACCCUACCUGAAGGCCCCCCCUUGGUCUGCUGCUUUCCCCGUGCUCCAGCCCCAGGGAAGGAGUAUGGGAAGGAAGGGCAGGGCCACCCCCCCUCUUGUUUUUCAGCUUAUUCUUCCUACUCCCCAGUUUCUCCUGUUGGUGCUCCAGGUGUCUGUUUACCUACUUGUGCUUUGCCCUGCAGCCCACAGCCACAUCCUUCACACUGCUGGGCUCACUCACCCAUGCUGUACUUCUGCAUGCACACGUGGACACACGCACACACACCUGCUGACACUCCCAUUUCUGUGUGCACACAUGCAGGUUCAGUGCUGCCUAAAGAGGCUCUCUUUCAUCACCUUGCCUCUCUUCUUGGAGAAGACACAAAGUACCCACCCUCCUCUGCUCAUCCCUGGUGUGCCCACCCUGUAGCUGAUAAGGAUGGGAAUGGUGGUGCCAGCCUCUGGACACCAGCUUGAUCUCCUGGGGGCAAAGCCCCUCUGCCCAAAGCAAUAACAACAGCAGACCCUGACUUCUUCUUAGGGUUCUCUGUUCUUACUGGAGUUUCCUGCUCUGAUCCUGAAUGCCGCUCACCUGUGGACAGGAGACCACCCAGAUAAAAGCCUUCCAGCUUUUCUUUACUAUAGCUGCCGAAGCCUCAGACCACCCUGUCGUUCAGCCCCACCUUUGGGAUUGGACCUUGAGCUGUGUAGGCUCCUUUAGGUGGGUCCAAGAGCUGGCCGAGCCAGGGACUCUGCAAACAUGAGCCAACUGGGUGGGUGCCAAGAGUAGAGCAGGGCUAGAGAGCAUCUUGGGGGAUCUUGGGACCUCUCUAGUCCACAGAGACAGGCCCCAGAUGCAUUGCCUUCUAAAGCGAGCUGAGUGGUGGAGGGGGUGAGGGUCCUGUGGGAGUAGCACCUGGGAGUCAAGCUUCUGCUGCCCUCUGCUGUAUGCUGGGAAUAGGUAGUUCUGAGCUGGAGACCAGUGGAGAAGGCACAGGGUGGGGAAACCUCCCUGUGCCCAGGCUGUGUGAGGGCAUACUGGUGGCAAGAUGCCCAGGGGCACUUGGGGGCAAUGUUACGACUCACUGCUGCAAAUAAAAAUUUCCUACCCCA